AUGGAGAGCUUCCAGCUGAAGAACCUGAACCCUGCGCAGCUGUUUCAGCUGUUGUUCAUCACCGUGCUGGAGCUGGCAGAGCGCUUCCAGAUCAACCUGAGGGGGCAGCCGCGUGUUUUCAUGGGGGAAGAACCUGAUGAGGAAAAUCCACCAGAAGCUGUCCAGCCACCACCGGUGCCAGCUCAUGGGCCAGUACGUGCUCGCAGAUGCCACAGUGCCUGCCGCUUCUGCGUGCAAGGCUGCGACCGAACGAAGCCCUACCACAAGCAUCAUGCUUGCCAAGGACAUGCCCACCUGAGGCAAAGACUGCGACGCAUGUUGCAGGAAGAACAGCUGAACUGCCAGAGCGUUCUCUGUACUUGGUUGUUGUCAAUGUUUGCAUGGGGACACUUUAGCGUGCAACGAGUACAAAAGAUCAGUGCUUUGGCUAUGAAAGAUUUGAAGAGUGCUGAGACUUCUGAAACAAUCUGGAAUGACUUGGAGACAUUAUCCAAGUUAGGAACUGAAGGUCUGUACGCGAACAAGAUGCACACGGAGCUCAUGGGCAAAUGCAAAGGCUUGUCUAACCUACCGGAGCCUUACCCAGUGGAUAUCCAAUAUGCUCCGCCUUUGGGCAUGCAGAAACAGGAUGUUUUUCUUCCUCAUGAAGUCUUCAGCGCAAUUUAUCACAAGUAUCCACAAACUUGGCAAAAAACGAUGGUACCGUCGCAGGCUCACUUGGAAAGGCGCAUGCUGUCCUGGAGAUUGCAAUUCUCAGUCGUCACAUCAACCCGAGAACUACUUGGUGCUUCCGAGACUUUUGUGAUCUCCCGAGCUCAAGCCAUGGACGUGCUUUGCGACCGCGAUGAGUCCCCGUGGUUCAGGGUCCUUUCAGGAAUGGUGCACAAGUUUUACAAUGGCUGUCCAUGGCAACGAAAGGAGGACCAUUCCGCAGGGUUCCACGAACGUUCUCGCUUUCAGUGGGGAAGUUGGGAAAUCAAGACCAUGAAUGGCCUUGUGGUUCCUCGAUGGGAUCUUUGGAUGUCGAACCGUGGCAAAGCUCGAGACUUUUUCGAAAGUUGGCGACAUGUGCAGAUGCGAGACUCUCCAGGCAGCGACCUCACCUACCAAGUAUUGGUCUUCUUGGAUCGGCUCUUCAUGGCAGGCUUGAAGCUAUAUGGUGAAGACCACCGAGAUGUCUUUGAAAAUCCUGAAGACUUCUUUGUGCGAAUGCUGCGACAUGAAGGGUACCAUGUCGAAGAUCAGAAAAUAUGGCUUGUUGACGAGAGCAGCGGCUGGUGGGAGGAGAAAAAGCCAUGUGGUCUAAAUUUGAAGGAAGCGUUUGACUUGUUGCACGAUGUGAAACUAAAAGACAUCAUGCAGCAGUGGGUUGAACCCAGUGCUCCUUCUUUGCAAUGGCAAUAA